AUGAACCUGAAUGGCAUUCAAAACAAAGCUGUAAAAAUAGUAUAAAGGGUGAAGUGAAUGAAUGGCCUGUAGGCUACCUCAGGUAUAGGGCUGUAACAUAUUGAUGAACAAAUGCUUCAAGAUGAGAGUCUCAGAUUUUUGGAUGGAAUGUAUGUGGAAAUAUCUGCCUCAUACAUAUCUGUCUGUCUGUCUUCACUUGGUGUACAUUGGUCCUAGCAUGUGUGUCUGUCUGUGUGCAGUUUCAGGACCUUCCCCUGUGCAGCUGUUGAGGUGAAGAAUGAGCCAAUCCUGGGAUUCAACGAGGGCAGUCCAGAGAGGACCGUGCUGCAGAAGGUGUACAUACACACACAAUCAUACAUGCACACAAUCAUACACACACAGCACACACUCUCAAGCAAACAUACCCACCACAUGCACCAUUCAGUAUACAGUGAGGGAAAAAAGUAUUUGAUCCCCUGCUGAUUUUGUAUGUUUGCCCACUGACAAAGAAAUGAUCAGUCUAUAAUUUUAAUGGUAGGCUUAUUUGAACAGUGAGAGACAAAAUAACAAAAAAAAAAUCAAAAAUGUUAUAAAUUGAUUUGCAUUUUAAUGAGGGAAAUAAGUAUUUGACCCCCUCUCAAUCAGAAAGAUUUCUGGCUCCCAGGUGUCUUUUAUACAGGUAACGAGCUGAGAUUAGGAGCACACUCUUAAACGGAGUGCUCCUAAUCUCAGUUUGUUACCUGUAUAAAAGACACCUGUCCACAGAAGCAAUCAAUCAAUCAGAUUCCAAACUCUCCACCAUGGCCAAGCCCAAAGAGCUCUCCAAGGAUGUCAGGGACAAGAUUGUAGACCUACACAAGGCUGGAAUGGGCUACAAGACCAUCGCCAAGCAGCUUGGUGAGAAGGUGACAACAGUUGGUGCGAUUAUUCGCAAAUGGAAGAAACACAAAAGAACUGUCAAUCUCCCUCGGCCUGGGGCUCCAUGCAAGAUCUCACCUUGUGUAGUUGCAAUGAUCAUGAGAACGGUGAGGAAUCAGCCCAGAACUACACGGGAGGAUCUUGUCAAUGAUCUCAAGGCAGCUGGGACCAUAGUCACCAAGAAAACAAUUGUUAACACACUAAGCCGUGAAGGACUGAAAUCCUGCAGUGCCCGCAAGGUCCCCCUGCUCAAGAAAGCACAUAUACAGGGCCGUCUGAAGUUUGCCAAUGAACAUCUGAAUGAUUCAGAGGAGAACUGGGUGAAAGUGUUGUGGUCAGAUGAGACCAAAAUCGAGCUCUUUGGCAUCAACUCAACUCGCCGUGUUUGGAGGAGGAGGAAUGCUGCCUAUGACCCCAAGAACACCAUCCCCACCGUCAAACAUGGAGGUGGAAACAUUAUGCUUUGGGGGUGUUUUUCUGCUAAGGGGACAGGACAACUUCACUGCAUCAAAGGGACGAUUGACAGGGCCAUGUACCGUCAAAUCUUGGGUGAGAACCUCCUUCCCUCAGCCAGGGCAUUGAAAAUAGGUCGUGGAUGGGUAUUCCAGCAUGACAAUGACCCAAAACACACGGCCAAGGCAACAAAGGAGUGGCUCAAAAAGAAGCACAUUAAGGUCCUGGAGUGGCCUAGCCAGUCUCCAGACCUUAAUCCCAUAGAAAAUCUGUGGAGGGAGCUGAAGGUUCGAGUUGCCAAAUGUCAGCCUCGAAACCUUCAUGACUUGGAGAAGAUCUGCAAAGAGGAGUGGAACAAAAUCCCUCCUGAGAUGUGUGCAAACCUGGUGGCCAACUACAAGAAACGUCUGACCUCUGUGAUUGCCAACAAGGGUUUUGCCACCAAGUACUAAGUCAUGUUUUGCAGAGGGGUCAAAUACUUAUUUCCUUCAUUAAAAUGCAAAUCAAUUUAUAAGAUUUUUGACAUGCGUUUUUCUGGAUUGUUUUGUUGUUAUUCUGUCUCUCACUGUUCAAAUAAACCUACCAUUAAAAUUAUAGACUGAUCAUGUAUUUGUCAGUGGGCAAACGUACAAAAUCAGCAGGGGAUCAAAUACUUUUUUCCCUCACUGUAUGCCCUUCAUGACCUAUAACAAGGUAAUCUCUGUAAAACGUGAGACACAAUAAUGUUGUGUGUGUGUGAUAGGCCCUGGAUGACCUGAAGGGGAAGACAGAGGAGAUUCCCUGUGUGGUUGGAGAUGAACAUGUGUGGACCAAAGACAUCAGAUACCAGCUAUCGGUGAGUAGGGUCAACGGCAUGUCCCUAAUCUGAGCAAACUAUUGCUCCAUGCUGCCUGCAAAUAUGGGAGCCUGGAGACUGAAGCUCUCACUUUUCACUCGCACUGCUGCUCAGAUACACAGCAUACUGUCUAAGCCAAACAGAAGCAUUCAAGGUCUGUCAAGUUAAUCUGUAAAUGACUGUAAUACCGUUGGGUUAUCAGCUGUGUGUUAUCUUCGGUUUCUGAUAAGAUCCAUUGGCUAUCAUAAACCAACAUGCUACCUGUGCUGGAGGCCUGCCUGUUAUUUCUUUCUUUUGAUACAGACCAGUACCACACUGUCUUUAAAUUGUAUUUCCUGAAGGUAUCAUUACCUAUUAAUCAAUGUAAUUCUUUCUCUUCUUUUUCAAAGCCCUUCAACCACUCACACAAACUGGCCAAGUUUUGCUAUGCUGACAAGGUAAACUAAGAGUACAAUUCUUCUGUUUUUGACCAAGAUUUACAUGACAUGACUGGAUGGUGUUGCCUCGGUAUGAUUGAUGCAGGACCUGCUCAACAAAGCUAUCUUGGCCUCUGUGGCGGCGAGGAGGGAAUGGGACCUGAAACCCAUCCAGGACCGAGCCCAGGUCCUCUUUAAGGCUGCCGACAUCAUCAGUGGACCUAAGAGAGCCGAGAUUCUGGCCAAGACCAUGAUAGGCCAGGUACAGUGAACUAUUUUGCCUACAUUGGGUUUUCAUAGUCUUACUGUAUGUUUGUGGCAUGGUUGAAUAUCACCAAGGGGAUAUCCUCUGUUUGAAUUGAGUGAUAUUCAUCCCCUCUGCUUUCUAUUUAAUAUUUGUUCCUCUUUUUUUUCUAGGGCAAAACGGUGGUGCAGGCAGAGAUUGAUGCGGCUGCAGAGCUAAUAGACUUCUUCCGUUUUAAUGCGAAGCACGCUGUUGAACUGGAGAGCCAGCAGCCCCUGGACAGUGAUGGUAGCACCAACACCAUGCUCUACCGUGGGCUGGAGGUGAGCACUCACUGGUCCUAGCAUUAUCUGUUAAACUUAAUAAUAGUCAGUCACAGCUAAAAACAUGUAUACUUGGUGAUAUGUUAGGAUUGAUUUCUGGAACUCUUAUAUUCCAGGAGUUGUUUAUGUCAACACUUAUUUCCCCAUUAACUAUAGGGUUUUGUAGCCGCUGUCUCUCCAUUUAACUUCACUGCAAUUGGUGGAAACCUAGCAGGUACACCUGCUCUCAUGGUAAGUCCCCUCCUACUAACAACAAUACAAAAAUGUCCUUAUAGUUGUAAUUUACUUCAUAUUCAUUUCCUCAUGUGUGUCUUGUUGGUUAUAGUCUGAACUGAACUGGACUUUCUUUGUUUUCCCCGGCUCUGUGUUUGUCAGGGUAAUGUUGUUCUGUGGAAGCCUAGCGACGCAGCCAUGUCAGCUAGCUACGCCGUCUACAAUGUCCUGCGGGAUUCAGGGUUGCCCCCCAACAUCAUCCAGUUUGUGCCAGCUGACGGACCAGUGUUUGGAGACACCAUCACUUCCUCUGAACAUCUGGCUGGCAUCAACUUCACCGGCAGUGUCCCGUAUGUCUCCGUCUGUAUACAUUUAUGUAUAUUAACCUGAAACUGUCUGCCACUUUUGGUGUAGACCAGUGUCACAUAAUGUGUGAUAACCCCUGGAGUUUCUUAACAACCCAUUCAUCUUUUUCAGGACCUUCAAGCGUCUGUGGAAACAGGUGGCCCAGAACCUGGAUAUCUACAAGAACUUCCCUCGGGUGGGAGGAGGUGGGUUGGACCAACAACCCAUACACCACCACACACUAGCUUUACAACAUGUACACCACCACACACUAGCUUUACAACCCGUACACCACCACACACUAGCUUUACAACCCGUACACCACCACACACUAGCUUUACAACAUGUACACCACCACACACUAGCUUUACAACAUGUACACCACCAAACACUAGCUUUACAACAUGUACACCACCACACACUAGCUUUACAACAUGUACACCACCACACACUAGCUUUACAACCUGUACACCACCACACACUAGCUUUACAACAUGUACACCACCAAAAACUAGCUUUACAACAUGUACACCACCACACACUAGCUUUACAACAUGUACACCACCACACACUAGCUUUACAACAUGUACACCGCCACACACUAGCUUUACAACAUGUACACCGCCACACACUAGCUUUACAACCUGUACACCACCACACACUAGCUUUACAACCUGUACACCACCACACACUAGCUUUACAACAUGUACACCACCACACACUAGCUUUACAACCUGUACACUGCCACACACGAGCUGUACAACCUGUACACUGCCACACACUAGCUUUACAACCUGUACACCAUCAUUAGCUAUUUAACUAACUGAACAUUACAUGGGAAUAUCAUCUUUAUACUUAGAUCUAUAUUAGGGGUGUGAACGUUAAAACAUUUCAACAAAAUUGGGAUGCUUAACGUUAAGAAAAAUCCCUGCUCUUUCUCUUCGCUAAUGAUGGUAGUGUGUGUUCAGACUUCGGUCUGUUGCGUGUACAAUAUCCUAGCCUAUUCAUUGAUGAUAGGCCCUGCUUUACUGAAGUUGCGAGACAUGGCAAUCCAAGAUAUUGCUAUACAGCAUUCCAUUGCGAGAUACAGAUUGUGAUUGCCGAUAGAUAGGCCUAGUGCACGGUUCUGACUCCGUCUGCCUUGUAGCCGACCAGCCUAUACUGUGCCCCUCGCCUUUCUCUCCAUCCAUAGCUAGCUCGCUAUGAAAGAUGUGUGUGUUUGUGUUCUCGGAAGUACGUCAACUAAUCAGUCUCCUCCGUUCCAAAAGUUCUGAAUAUUAGGAGUCAAUUCCUAGCGGAACAUUCGUCCGUUCAGUGGCGCUUCGAAACUAUCUACAGAGUUUGUUUCGUGUCGGCAUUUAAACUAGCCGUAGUGUACCCUUACAGACAAACAAACAUGCCAUAGCCGAGGCGCUUUCAAGGGUAUAUGACAGCGGUAGAUAUAACUUCAUUUCCUGGACCUUUAGUGGUCAUACAUGCGUAAUAGGACAAUUAUUCUGCAUUGUGAAAUGACGUGGAAUAUUUAAUUUUUUAAUUUUUUAUUAGCUGUUUAAACGUUAAGGAAAAUUGUCCAUUUGUCACAUCCCUAACCUAUAUCACUAUUUUCUCAUUGCUUCGCUGACGUUCUCCUCUGUCAUGUCUUUCAGAGUGCGGCGGUAAGAACUUCCACUUUGUGCACAAGUCUGCGGACGUGCAGAGUGUGGUGACUGGGACCAUCCGCUCUGCGUUUGAGUACGGAGGGCAGAAGUGCUCAGCCUGCUCCAGGAUGUAUGUACCAGACUCCCUGUGGCCCCAGAUCAAACAGGGGCUCCUGGACAUCCACAAGCAGCUCAAAGUGGGAGACGUGAGUGUACAACUGACCUUAGCUCCUAGGACUGUCAGAUUCAUCAGUCACUUUGGCACUAGGGUUAUUUUGGUGGUAAUAGAUGCAGCCAGUUGAGUUGUUCUCCCGUAGGAGUUCUUUGAAAGUGUUUAGGUUUAUACUGUAAGUGUUCAUUUGAUGUCAGGUUGUUGUAACUGUCUUUCUGUUUCCCCUGUCUAGCCCGUGGAGGACUGGAGUACAUUCUUCUCUGCUGUGAUUGAUGACAAGGUACAGUACUGUGAAAUAUUCACCACACUGGAUGCUUGAUCAGAAGCUUUAUUUCUUCUCAACAAGAGUUUAUGUUUAUUAUAUAUUUUUAAUGAUUUCACAUUUGGGGUGACUUUUUUUAUUUUAGUCCUUUGCUCGUAUUAAGAAGUGGUUGGACCAUGCCAAGUCAUCCCCUAAAUUGAACAUAAUUGCUGGGGGCCGCUGUGAUGACAAGAAGGGUUACUUUGUGGAGCCCACCAUCAUUGAGAGCACAGACCCACAGGAAGCCAUCAUGGCCGAGGUAAGACUUGAUAUUGUAGAUAUGUAGUUAUUGUAGAUCACCUCUUUCCCCACCACUGUUAGCCUAUGGAACUUCAUAAUGUGAUUAUGUUACGGAACCGAUUAGACAACCUGCUGUGAAACUAUACUUGCUGUGUCUAGGGGCCCUAGUCUUGCCUAAUUGUUCUGUAACCUGACUAGGCUGGUGCAUUACCGUGAAAGUAUGAAUGUGCGGUCCGUGUUGUGUGUGGGUGUGCCUGGGAACAGAGGGUUCGCUUACCGGGGAUCCGGGGGGACAGCUCCGGCGUGACUCUGGUCGGGCCAGCACAAGCGGGUCGUUGAUGUUCAGUUGGUGAUAAAAACUCCAAAAGGGCAUGUCAAACGAAAGAUACAAAAUCAAAAGCCCUGUGGGUCGGGAGAUCACCCUUGUUCAGUUGAUUAGCUUGGUAAUCCCCCCCUCCUGUGCACACCACAGACUUCUAAUGCAUACUGGAGCUUCCUUAAAUGGCCCAGGGUGCCACUUCCCCCUAGGGGUGGAAUGAGUACCUGGCCUGACUGUGUGCUGACUAACUGGCCUACCACACAAACCUACCUACUACAUAACAAUUCCAGUUUAAAGAUCUUAGAAUAAACAGCUGAGAACCAUGUGUGUUCUCACUUCUUUGAAUCAACUUGCCAGAGUUAUACCAGACAUACAUACUGUACAUGUCAUAAUUACUUUAUAGACUAAGUCAGUUGGGUCUGAAUUGCUGAAAAUGACUGACUUGUUAAUUUAUUCUAGUCUAAUAGAUAUUGCUGUUUUAUGGAGAAAAGGAACAGGAUUAUUUUAUCAGUUUUAACUGAGAUGCCAGCGGUCAGGCAGAGGGCUAAGUGCUUGGAUUACCUAUAUAUACAUGUACAGUGCCUUCAGAAGGUAUUCAUACCCCUUGACUUAUUUCACAUUUUGUUGGUACAGACUGAAUUCAAAAUGAAUUAAUUAGAUUUUUUUCUCUCACCCAUCUACACACAAUACCCCAUAAUGACAAAGUGAAAAUAUGUUUUUAGAAAUUGUUGCCAAUUGAUUGAAAAUGAAAUACAGAAAUAUCUAAUUGACAUAAGUAUUCACACACCUAAGUCAAUACUUUGUAGAAGCACCUUUGGCAGCGAUUACAGAUGUGAGUCUUUCUGGGUAAGUCUCUAAGAGAUUUCCACACCUGGAUUGUAUAACAUUUGCCCAUUUUAAUGAAUAACUUCACCAUGCUCAAAGGGAUAUUCAAUCAUUUUUACCCAUCUUCCAAUGGGUGCCCUUUUUUGUGAGGCAUUGGAAAACCUCACUGGUCGUUGUGGUCAAAUCUGUGUUUGAAAUUCACUGCUAAUCUUAGGGACCUUACAGAUAAUUGUAUGUGUGGGGUACAGAGAUGAGGUAGUCAUUCAAAAAUCAUGUUAAACACUAUUAUUGCACACAGAGUGAGUCCAUGCAACUUAUUAUGUGACUAAAUGUGCUAAGUGACUAAUUAAGCACAUUUCUACUCCUGAACUUAUUUAGGCUUGCCAUAACAAAGAGUUUUAAUAAUUAUUGACUCAAGACAUUUCAGCUUUUCAUUUUUAAUAAAUUUAGAAAAACAUAAUUCCACUGACAUUACAUGGGUAUUGUGUGUAGGCCAGUGACAAAAAAUCUCAAUUUAAUCAGUUUAAAAUUCAAGCUGUAAAGUCAAGGGGUGUGAAUACUUUCUGGAAGGCACUGUAUAAAGCGAUGUGUGGAAUGAACACUGCAUGUUUGUUUAACUAAAGCCAUGUUUCACGCUAUACUUCAUAAAUGGGGGACUGGGCCAGUCCUCCAUUCUCCAAAACUUCAUUAAGGUAGCUCAAUUAAUAUGGAACUUUAUAACUACUAACUUUCUUAUAACUCUGUUCUUGAUUAACAUCCUGUAGGAAAUCUUUGGGCCAGUUCUAUCUGUCUAUGUUUACCCUGAGAACAACUACAAGGAGGUUCUAAACCUUAUAGACGACACAUCACCAUACGCCCUGACAGGAGCGGUCUUCGCUCUUGACAAGUAAGUUAGAACACUCCAUCUGGUUUUCUAUGGAGUGGCAUAAUUUUACUGUGAAAGGGUUGCUUGCUCCCUGAAGAAAGAACAUAAUAUAAUUUAUUAUGAAUGCCAACCAAGCCUACUAUGAUCCGCUCAUUGCUAAUAGAUUUGACUUUACACUGAAAGAGUGACACUUCUCAAGAAAAUGUCCUAACCCUUUAAUCAUAUUUGUUUCAGGAAUGUUUUAGAUGAGGCAGCCAAGGCCUUGAGGAACGCUGCAGGAAAUUACUACGUGAAUGACAAGUCCACCGGCUCGAUUGUUGCCCAGCAACCAUUUGGUGGCGCCAGAGCUUCAGGUAAAAUGACCAACAAACCACUCCAAAGCAUUGAUAUCCAUUUGACUGUCAACAGUUCUAUGAAGCCGGACUUUUCAUGACUCCUGGUGAGCUCUCUGUGUCUGACAUAAUGCCUUCUGCCUACAUCAUUUUUAUUAAUAUGAAAUAGGACAAAUAUAAGCACUAAUAACAGCUAAAACAUGAACUCUCUUGUCUGCAUAGGUACCAAUGACAAACCUGGUGGUCCUCACUACGUCCUGCGAUGGACAUCCCCUCAGGUGGUCAAGGCCACCCACAUCCCGCUCAGAGAAUGGAAGUACCCCUACAUG